AUGUCGGCGCGCUUCUUCUUCAGCACCUACGAGUAUGGCGACAAUUCAACAAAGCCCCCUGGCGAUGGGCUGUACGAUCUUCGUCACCAAGAACAGAGAAACCUUAUCCAGCAACUGAUAAUAUCCGCCCUCCUUGGAAUCGGGGCCUUCUCGACCUUUUGCCUUCUGCGACCGAAAUGGCCGCACUUCUACUAUGCGCGCAAAAUCAGAAUGCGGAAUGCAUCGUUACUUCCCGAGUUGCCAGAUACUCUCUUCGGAUGGAUACCGGCGCUCUGGCGCAUCUCCGAGGACGAUGUAUUGGCGACAGCUGGUCUUGACGCCUAUGUGUUCCUUGCGUUCUUCAAGAUGGCUAUACGCUUCCUUUUCGUAGCAUCGGUUCUUGCGGCAGUUGUCCUUGUUCCUAUCCACACUUACUUCAAAGACGACGAUGAUUCCAAGGAUAACACGGCGAAUAUACUGGGCACUGGGAAUGAGCAGAUGCCUUUUGUGGAUGGUAAGAAAAAGAAGCCACUGCAACACGUGAAGCCUGCAUAUCUAUGGGCGAAUCUUAUCUUCGUCUAUGUCUUCACCGGCCUGGCAUACUAUUUCCUGUGGAAGCAGACGGAGGAGGUUGUACAAGUCCGGCAAACGUAUCUCGGCAAUCAGGCAACAGUCACCGACAAGACUGUUAAGCUCUCCGGAAUCCCUGAAGAAUUGCGCUCCGAAGGUGUUCUGAAGGAGCAUAUCGAGAAACUGGCGAUAGGGGCAGUGGAGAAGAUUACCAUCUGCCGGCAAUGGGGAGAUUUGGAUCAGUUGCUUAACGAACGAAGUUCGACGCUGCGGAAACUGGAGGAAGUCUAUACUGUCUAUCAUGCUAGAAAGGGGCGUAGAGGCAUGAUAGGCGACAGUUCAGAACGGCAAUUUGACGAGUCCGGCGGUGAAGAGGAAGGGCACUCCUUGCUCGAAAGACGUCCUAGCUAUCGUCCGCAACUCACUCUGAGAUACGGCAAGUUGAAGCUCAGGACCAAGAAGGUCGAUGCACUCGAUUACUACACCGACAAACUCCAGGAUUUGGAUGAUCAGAUCACCGAGGCAAGGCAGAAGGAAUACCGGGCGACUCCUCUGGCUUUUGUCACUAUGAAGUCGGUAUCUUCUGCACAAGUCGCGACACAAGUGCUUAUGGAUCCUACCCCUGGUGCUAUGGUCGCCCGACCAGCACCUUCGCCGUCCGAUGUAAUCUGGCCCAACACGUACCUGUCUCGGUCCUCCCGCUGGUCCAGAAGCUGGGCUAUCAGUACCUUCAUCACUCUCUCAUCAAUCUUCUGGCUUGUACCUGUCGCUGCUUUGGCCGGUCUGUGGAAUACGAAUGAAAUUCACAAGAUCUGGCCUCAGCUGGCAGAUACGCUCAAAGAGUACCCUGUAUUGGCCUCAUUUGUUCAAACAUUCCUUCCGACAGCAGUUUUGACCCUGCUUAACGUGGCUGUUCCGUAUUUCUAUGACUGGCUCUCGCAGUUCCAGGGGUUGAUCUCACAAGAAGAGGUUGAACUCUCUGUCAUCAGCAAGAACUUCUUCUUCGCAUUUUUCAACCUGUUCCUUGCGUUCACUGUAUUUGGAACUGCUUUCAAUUUCCAUUCUUUCUGGGAAACUCUUAACCGCUCAUUCAAGGACACUGCCAGCAUUGCGCUGGCUCUGGCGGAGGCCGUUGAGGAUCUAGGACCUUUCUACAUCAACCUGAUCAUUCUUCAGGGACUGGGGAUGUUUCCGUUCAGACUUCUGCAGGUCGGUUCUGUCACGUUGUACCCAAUCACCAAGUUUGGCGCAAAAACACCGCGAGACUACGACGAACUCAAGCAACCAGCCAUAUUCCAAUAUGGCUUCUUCCUUCCGCAGCCAAUCCUGAUUUACAUAAUAUGUAUUGUUUAUAGCGUACUCGAGCACGGAGUCUUGAUUCUGACCUUCGGCUUGAUCUACUUCGUCCUGGGCUACUUCACCUACAAGUAUCAACUCCUGUACGCGAUGGACCACCCUGGCCAUUCAACCGGAAAGGCCUGGCCAAUCAUCGUAUACCGUGUGUUCCUUGGACUCCUGGUCUUCCAGCUCACCAUGACGGGCUGGCUGGCUCUCAGACAAGCCUUUACUUCGGCAGGACUGAUCCUCCCGCUCCUCGCCUUCACGAUUUGGAGCUACUGGCACUAUACUAAGAAUUACUUGCCGUCGAAUUACUAUAUCGCGUUGAGGUGCAUCCAGGAAGAGCACGGCGAUUCCGUGAGUGAUGUCGGGAUGCGACAUACCGUCGACGAGGAGCGGGAGGAGGGACAGGUAUUCGUCAAUCCUAGCUUAGUGUCCCCAUUGGAGCGUCCAUGGGCCAUCGGGGACACGAAUGGUCACAGUUGA